GCAGACAUGUUCCAUGACAGCUCCCAAAGAAAAUAUUGGACAUUUAACAGCGAAGCUGAGCUGGAACAGUUGAGACAUGAAGCCAACCAGAAGUUCAGAACAAAGAUAAAAGAAAAUGGAAAGCAAGUGAUCAACGAGUCUAUAUUCCUAGACCCACAUGAAGAAGAUGUUCUCUUUCGAAACUACGAGAGGAGGCUUCUGGACUUCUGCAAUGUGUUCAAACCAGCCAUGCCUAAAUCUGUUAUCGGUACAGCAAUCAUGUACUUCAGAAGAUUCUACAUGAACAACUCACUAAUGGAAUAUCACCCAAGGAUUAUCAUGCUGACGUGUGCUUAUCUAGCCUGCAAGGUGGACGAGUUCAAUGUGUCUAGCAGCCAGUUCGCGGGCAACCUUGUCCAGCAGAGUCCGGCGGAACAAGAACAGGAUUUAGAGCAGAUCCUGGAGUACGAACUGCUGCUCGUCCAGCAACUCAACUUCCACUUGGUGGUCCACAACCCGUAUCGACCCUUGGAGGGGCUGCUGAUUGACCUCAAGACCAGAUAUCCUACACUUGAGAAUCCGGAGUCACUGAGGAAGAAUGUGGAUGACUUUUUGGCGUAUGCGGCCAUGACGGACGCUGGGCUGCUCUUUUCUCCGUCGCAGAUCGCGCUCACCGCUAUCAUGAGCAGUGCCUCAAGGGCUGGCCUCAACAUGGAGAGCUACCUGACCGGAUGCAUAGGACUGAAGAACGACCAAGAAACGUUGUCCAAGAUGUACGACGCCAUGAGACGGAUUAAAAACCUCCUGAAAAGAUACCAACUUCCAACACCUGAAGAAGUGAAUGCUUGCAAACAGAAGCUGGUGAGAAUCCACACCGAAUUUGCUCCAAGUUCAAACAACAAACGCAAGCGGGGAUACGAAGAGGACGGCCACGUGGCAAAGGAGCCGAGGAUGAAAGAAGAGGAAUGGACUGACGAAGACCUGAUAUGA